CUUGGACGAUUUUUUUUUUUGACAAAAGAUAAUCAUAUAUUGAUAGAAUCAAAUCGAUAAUUACAUCCUGGAAUUCAGCCAGGCCUGAAAGUCAAAAUAAUGACACGUAGUCGGGAACAAAGACAGGGCCUGUCUAGCUACACUGUGAGCUACCCUAUUGCUACCCCGACCUACAAAUCGUACAAUGAAGCCCGGAUAAAUCGUAAAAACUUGCAGAAUCUCCUCCAAAAUAGCCCCAUUCCGACUAUCACGCACAUCAGCCUGACAAAACUUCUCAAUGACCACCUUGGCGUCCCCUUCAAACCUCAUCGACACAAAACCCUGCGUUAUACACCAGCGGAUUGCUUCCCUUCAAAGACCACCCUAUUCCGGGAUCGCCAAAUCCUCCAUAGGAUAGCAAUUACUCCCUUGAACUGAGAGGGUUGCUGCAAGAUAGCCAGCAGCUUCUUCAGGAAAAGAGGGAAAGUGUGUCGGGGCAAUCCUUCACCAAGAUGAUCUAGACCAGACUGAGUCCACAAAGCCCUGGCCACCGGGCAAUCAAGGAAAAGGUGUUCCAUCGUUUCCGAUGGAGCCCAACACACAGGACACCGGGGUAGGACUUCAAUUUUCCGCUCGAUUAGCGCCUCAGUAGUCGGCAGAAUCCUGCUCAAGAGUUGCCAGGCAAAUAUCUUCAAUUUUGGAGGAAUGUUGGCAUCCCACAGUCGGAUCCAACUAGCUUUGUCCAUCCAGCUAACCUGCGCCCGCCACCGCCCAUUCAACUGAUCUAGACGAACUGCCAAGUGAUAAGCCGACUUAACAGAGAAGAGACCAUCAACAGUAGAAUGCCAGAUCAGUCGAUCUUCGAUGUUUCGUCGUGGUAAAGGCAUUGCCAGAAUAGCUUGGCAUGUCGGAGGAUCAAACCACUGCUUAACCUUAUCUUCGCACCACCGACCUUCCCCUGGGUAGAUGACUGUAGAGAUCUUUAUUUCCUCUCUCUCAGGCAGGACCCGCGGAUUAUAGACCGGGUGUAGAGGCGAAAUUUGGAUACGGGGAAAUCGACGAUUACUUUCCUGCUCUUUGUCGCCUGCAGGCUACAAGUUUCUUUCUUUCCGGCAAACGCAGUGAAACCCAGGAAUUCUCAUAUUGAAUUCCGUUCUAGGUGCUUCCUUACUGGAUCUAAGUCGUCAAACGAGCGCCUAAAGUAUUCAUCUUCUCCUAUUAGGCUCGUUUUGAUCCGCUUCUGAGAUAAGGGCGAAGAAAAAUGUACCAGUGGAGGAAAUUCGACUUCUUCGAGGAGAAGUAUGGCGGGAAGAGCUCGAUUCCGGACGAAAUCUCCGGUAAGAUCUGUUGCUCUUCCAGCGGCAGAGGCAAAGUGGUGAUCGGCUGCGACGACGGCACCGUCAGUUUCCUCGAUCGUGGCCUCAACUUCAAUUCAGGAUUUCAAUCUCACUCUUCCUCCGUCAUUUUCCUCCAGCAGCUCAAGCAACGAAACUUCCUCUUAACUGUUGGUGAAGAUGAGCAAUUAGCUUCCCACCAAUCCGCCAUGUGCCUCAAGGUUUUCGACCUGGAUAAACCGCCGCAGCAACAGGAGGGAACUAGCUCAGCUGCUGCUACCCCUGAUUCCAUUGGCGUAUUGCGCAUUUUCACCAAUCAGUUCCCUGAGGCCAAGAUUACUUCCUUUUUAGUUCUAGAGGAAGCACCUCCGAUACUACUGAUAGCUAUUGGGUUAGACAACGGCUUCAUUUAUUGCAUCAAGGGUGACAUUGCUAGAGAGCGAAUCCAACGUUUCAAGCUGCAGGUUGAUGAUGCUUCAACAAACAAGAUUCAAUCGCCUAUUACGGGUCUGGGUUUUAGAAUGGAUGGCCAAACCUUUCAGUUGUUUGCUGUGACCCCAGAUUCAGUGACUUUGUUUAGCCUGCACAAUCAACCACCGAGGAAGCAGACUUUGGAUCAGAUUGGUUCUAGUGUAAAUAGUGUUGCAAUGAGUGAUCGGUCGGAGUUGAUAAUUGGUCGACCUGAAGCUGUCUACUUCUAUGAAGUUGAUGGGCGGGGUCCUUGUUGGGCAUUUGAGGGGGAGAAGAAAUUUGUGGGGUGGUUUAGAGGCUACCUUUUAUGUGUUAUAUCAGACCAGAGAAAUGGCAAGGAUACUUUCAAUGUUUAUGAUCUAAAGAACCGGUUGAUAGCUCACAGUAUAGUGGUUAAAGAAGUUUCUCACAUGCUUUGUGAAUGGGGUAACAUCAUACUUAUCAUGAGUGACAAGUCCGCUUUGUGUAUUGGGGAGAAAGACAUGGAAAGCAAGCUAGACAUGCUUUUCAAGAAAAAUCUUUACACCGUGGCGAUCAAUCUGGUUCAGAGCCAGCAAGCUGAUGCUGCUGCUACUGCUGAAGUUCUCAGAAAGUAUGGAGAUCAUCUGUAUAGCAAGCAAGACUAUGAUGAAGCUAUGGCUCAGUAUAUUAACACCAUUGGUCACCUCGAACCUUCAUAUGUGAUUCAGAAGUUUCUAGAUGCACAGAGGAUAUACAACCUUACAAACUAUUUGGAGAAUUUGCAUGAGAAGGGGCUCGCUUCAAAGGACCACACAACUCUUCUCUUGAACUGUUAUACCAAAUUGAAAGAUGUUGAGAAGCUGAAUGUUUUUAUCAAGAGUGAGGAUGGUGUCGGGGAGCAUAAGUUUGAUGUGGAGACUGCUAUUAGGGUUUGUCGUGCUGCCAAUUACCACGAGCAUGCAAUGUAUGUUGCUAAAAAGGCUGGGAGACAUGAAUGGUACCUGAAGAUCUUGCUGGAGGAUCUUGCCAGGUAUGAUGAAGCCUUGGAAUAUAUUUCUAGCCUUGACUCUAGUCAGGCUGGUGUGACGGUGAAAGAAUAUGGUAAAAUUCUCGUAGAGCAUAAACCAGCUGAGACCAUUCAAAUACUCAUGAGGCUUUGCACUGAGGAUGAAUCAUUAAACAGAGGAUCAUCCAGCAGUGGCUACUUGUCUAUGUUGCCAUCUCCUGUAGACUUUCUCAACAUUUUUAUCCAUCAUCCUCAUUCCUUGAUGGACUUUCUUGAAAAAUACACCGACAAGGUGAAGGAUUCUCCAGCUCAAGUAGAAAUUCAUAACACGCUCUUGGAGCUGUACUUAUCCAAUGAUUUGAACUUCCCUUCCAGGUCACAAGCUACCAAAGGUCUAGCUCUUUCACUUGAAGCUAGAUCAGGGGAAUUGACUACUAAUAAAAGAGACACUUCUGAAGAAAAAAAUCGAACAGAAAGGCGUCACAAGGGCUUGCUCUUGCUCAAGAGUGGUUGGCCAUCUGACCUGGAGCAACCACUUUAUGAUGUCGAUCUUGCGAUAAUUCUUUGUGAGAUGAAUGUAUUUACAGAAGGGCUUUUGUACAUCUAUGAGAAGAUGAAACUAUAUAAGGAAGUUAUUGCCUGCUAUAUGCAAUCUCAUGACCAUGAAGGAUUGAUUGCUUGCUGCAAAAGACUAGGAGAUUCAGGUAAAGGAGGUGAUGCAACUCUUUGGGGGGAUCUGCUGAAAUAUUUUGGUGAACUUGGAGAAGAUUGCUCCAAGGAAGUGAAGGAAGUUCUAACAUAUAUCGAAAGAGACGAUAUCUUGCCUCCUAUAAUUGUUCUCCAGACGCUCUCAAGGAAUCCAUGCCUCACACUAUCGGUAAUCAAGGAUUACAUCGCACGGAAGCUAGAACAAGAGUCAAAGCUGAUUGAGGAUGAUCGGCAAGCUAUUGAGAAGUACCAGGACGACACAGUGGCGAUGAGAAAAGAAAUUCAAGAUCUAAGGACGAACGCCAGGAUCUUUCAGCUCAGCAAGUGCACUGCUUGCACUUUCACCCUUGAUCUUCCAGCUGUCCACUUCAUGUGCAUGCACUCUUUCCAUCAACGUUGCCUUGGGGAUAAUGAGAAAGAAUGCCCUGAAUGUGCUCUCGACUACAGAUCUGUCCUUGAGAUGAAGAGAAACCUGGAGCAGAACUCCAAAGAUCAGGACCAUUUUUUCCAACAGGUUAAGAGCUCAAAAGAUGGCUUUUCUGUAAUUGCUGAGUAUUUUGGGAAGGGGAUUAUUAGCAAAACCAGCAAUGGACCCACAACAACUCUUGGAUCAGCCAACACUCCUUCUGGAAAUGGAUACUGAUUCAUAUCGAUUGGUAAUUUAUUCUUGGGAGUUCACUCUUUCAUUGCUUGCAUCAAGUAUCCUUCUAUUUGAGAAAGAGGAAAGCUUGAGGUGUUCUGUAAAGCAAAGCGACAGUUGAGACAAGGGCCCUGAUAGGGCAUCAUCUGGAUUCUGUAACGCUGUCCCACCCUGAGAUUCAUGCUGAAACCUGGAUUGUCACCUUCCCGAAGGAGCAACCAAGGCUGUUGAUGGCUUCGCAUGGUAUGAAGUCCCCCUACAGGUGCACUUUUCUCCUCUAUUAACCCUUUGAAGAUAAGCCUGGAGACUAUAUAAACCAAUGUCGAAUCUUUGCUUUUUUGCAUGGUUGUGUGUGUUGGUUCAUUGAGUAUAUUUCGAUCUUGCACCAUUUGUAGACGCAAUUUAGUUGUCGAGGCUGUAAAAGUUAGCAAAAGAUCUGAGGUCUGAUUCUGGCUACACCUUCAAUACUGCCUUCAAUAUUAGCACUGGUUGUGGAUAAAGAAAUCAUUUUUUGCUCCAUUUCCCCCUUCAUAUCUAUCUUGUUGCAUUUGUUCCAAAGCGACAACCAAAUCCUUUCACUUCCAACAUUAUGUGAUAGAACUACCUGACAUAGAAAUACUCAUCUUUCUGGUGUCGAAUACAAGCUGGUUGGCUCCUUCUUACCUACCUGGUUGGUGGAUCCUACAUGUUCACACUAUCUAAUACCAAUUCCGUUGUUUCUUUUUUCUCUGUUCUUUCCGGAGGUCUGUUGUUUGUCCUCCCCGGCUCCCCUGCUGGGGAUAGCUCUUGGGUUUUUGUUCUGCCCUGAGAUGGGUCUGUUCUGUUUUGCUUUUGUUUUCUCUUGUUUCCUUCUCCCUAAUUGUAAACUCUUUCCAAUUAAUCCUACCAUAAUUGCUUUUGGCUUUAAGUGGGGAAGAGAGAGAGAGAGAGAGAGAGAGAGAGAGAGAAUGCAAUGGGAAGAUGUUGUAAGCUUCAUAAUUAGAGAUCCUGGGUGUUAACUAAUAAAUAUUCCCUCCUAUUUUGGUAUCUUAUCUGAUUAUGAUUAUUGACUUUAUGUUGGUGCUAAUUGGUCUUCUUUUUUUAUCUUGGGUUUCACGAUGAUGUGAGUUCAAUGAAUUAGUGGCGACUCUUGUAAAUUCAAGCUUGAUCAGAAUAUAGCUACCGAUAGCUGCUUAUGUGUACUCUUUGUUUAAGCUUGAUCAGACAAAUAAUAGCAGUUAAUAUCAUUCUUAGUCCAUAUGCUGCAUUGUUUUAGAAGUGCAAUGAAUUUUAACAAAUGAGUACCCUUACAAUAUCGUUCAUCCGAUUUCAGUUCCCCUAUCAGAGCUUUCCCCAAAUUUAUUACUAAAGUUCUCGUUGUGGUGGAGUCCGGGUAGUUGGUGGGAUAAAUGGUGUGGAUUAUUUCCAGAUUCUCCAUUGCAGAUUUAUUAAAAUGAUGCAGUUCUUGAGUAGCGGCACGAUGAGAUUUUGUCCAGCGGAGAAGAUGAUAAUGGUAAAUGUCAAUGAUCUUAGGUGGAAGACGAAGUGAUACACGAGGCGGCCAAGUAGAUCAUAGUGGCGCUGGUUAGGUAGAACUUUGGGAUAAAAUUGUCAUUUCAAUCUAAUUGGUUAAUGGUUCAACCAAAACUAUGAGAGGGGUAUGUUUGGUAAGAAAUUCGAAGUAGAGGGCAUAUUUGACGUAAAAUAUAGUAGAGGGACACAUUUGAGAAAAGUUCAUAGUAAAGGGGUGUAUUAUGCUAACUCUAAUUUGAUUGAACUGCGCAUAGUAAUCAUGUCAUUCAUCACCAACCUGCACUUAUAUGGGACAAAUCCGUAGUGUGUCCUUGAGUCAACCGGCCCUAUUGAUUGUUUCAACUCCAUUCACUCCAAAUGACUUACCUGUCCUAUAGAUGAGAGGAGAAGUGAGAUUUGAGAGGCUAAAAGAAAGGAAAGCAUAAAUUCUCAAGAUACUUGUGAACAAAUUAAAGAUAUUGUG